AUUAGGAUGACUGUUGUCUAGGAUUAUAUAACAGUCGUAGUAAGAAGGAGUCGGGUUUGUUUGUCUAUAUUUGUGAAUAUAUUUAUCUUUUUGUUACAAAUCAAUCAAUUUCCACAGAUCAAAAUACGAGAGUCAUCUGUUUUAAGAAUUAGUAAAGUAAAAUGAAAAUAAAGAGACAAAAGACGGCUUAUAAGAUUCUCAACUACUACAAGAACACAUAUGAGAUUAAGUCGCCCUAUAAAGUUUUGGUAGAUGGAACAUUUUGUAAAGCAUGUUUAGCAGCUAAAGUAAAUAUAAUGGAACAGUUACCAAAGUAUUUAGAUUCUGAUAUGACAUUGAUGACCACACCAUGUGUCUUAGAAGAAUGCAAAGCUUUUGGAUCGUUAUUAUAUGGUCCAUUAAAGGUGCUAUCCCAGUAUAAUUUACGUCAGUGUUCACAUAAACAACCAGUUGCUGCCGCACAAUGUCUUUAUUCAUUAAUAAAACAGGGAAAUAAAAAGAAAUACUUUAUAGCAACUCAGGAUCCAGAAUUAUCCAGGAAAUCUCGUGAUACCAAAGGUGUACCUUUACUUUAUUUAGCUUUUAAAAAUAUCAUCCUUGAAAAACCAUCAAAUACCUCUAAAGGUAUUGAACACGAAACAAUUUCUCAAACUCAAAGCUUGGAUCAUCAGCUCAAGGUUGUUCAGGAUUUAAAGAAAAAAAUUCUUGGGGAAGAAGCAGAAAAACCAGAUAAGAAAAAGAAAAAGUUUAUUAAAAUGAAAUUAAAAAGGGAUAGGAAAGACAAGAAAAUGAAGAAUAUACCUAAAAGUGAUGGUGGUGUAAAAAGACGCAAGAAACAAAAAUUAAAAGUAGGAAAACAUGUCCGUGAACAAUGGUCCAAAAGGAAACAUUAA